CCUUCAUUGUGCCCGUCCCGGGACAGGAUGGCGAAGUAACCUCAAACUCGUCUGCAGUUCCCUACACUGCCCUUAAUCAUCGACGUACCAGGACUACAGCAAACUAGUCAGCAAUAACGUAUAGCCAGACCUGGAAAAACAGCUACGUUUGAGAAACACCUGAGAAUAUAAGUGGGAUCGCGUUCUGCCCCCUCCAGUUCUGUUUUCGUUCCACGUACAUCCACUAACACCUUUUGAAUAACCAUCUAUUAAAACCAAUACACACAUGUCGUCCUUUACUCCCACUACAGAGGAGCUCUCGGCGUUACACGACCCCAAAUCGCUCGCGAGCCUCGCGCACCUUGGCGGCGUGGAUGCGCUUGCGUCUGCGCUCCACACAGACCUCCAACAGGGGAUCCCCGCGGGCGCCAACAUCGAGCGAGUUGAGCGCUACGGGAUCAACAAACUCCCCGCCAAGAAACCCAAGUCCUUCUUUGCGCUUGCAUGGGAGGCGAUGCACGAUAAGGUGCUCAUUCUUCUUUCAGUCGCUGCGGUUGUUUCGCUCGCACUUGGGCUCUACGAAACCUUUGGCCAGGAUCCUGACUACGAUUACGAGGGCAACCCGAUCCCGCAGGUCGAAUGGGUCGAAGGGGUGGCGAUUAUCGUGGCUGUGGCGAUUGUGGUCGUGGUCGGCGCGGCCAACGAUUACCAGAAGGAGCGCCAGUUUGCAAAGUUGAAUUCCAAGAAGGAAGAUCGCGAUGUGGUGGUCAUCCGUGCGGGAAGCCAGACUCUUGUGUCCGUCUACGACUUGGUCGUGGGUGACCUUAUUGUGUUGCAGACGGGUGACGUGGUGCCAUCCGAUGCGGUACUCAUAUCCGGUGCCUGUGAGUGCGACGAGUCAGCGAUGACGGGUGAGUCAAACACGAUCAAGAAGGUACCGGCGGCGCAGGCCGAAUCGCUAUUCGCGUCUGACUAUGCCGCUUCCGGCGUUGAUAUCGGCACCAAAGGCGUCCCCGACCCGUACCUCAUCUCCGGUUCCAAGCUCCUUUCCGGGCUCGGCAACGCCGUCGUCACCGCGGUGGGGCCUAAUUCUGUCCACGGUCGCACGAUGGCGUCUUUACAGGUCGAAGCUGAGGUCACGCCGUUGCAGGCCCGUUUGGACAACCUAGCCAACGGGAUUGCCAAGUUCGGUUUCAUCGCAGCUUUGAUCUUAUUUAUUGUGUUAUUCAUCAAGUUCUUGGUAAAUAUCACCCACGGAAGCGACCGCUUCCUUGAGCCGUCCAAAAAAGGCUCCAAGUUCCUUAACAUCCUCAUCACUGCCAUCACUAUCAUCGUGGUGGCCGUUCCGGAAGGGUUACCGCUCGCGGUAACACUCGCGCUCGCGUUUGCGACGACGCGGAUGGCCAAGGACGGUAAUUUAGUCCGUGUGUUGCGUUCGUGUGAGAUCAUGGGGGGUGCCACGGCUGUGUGCUCCGAUAAGACGGGGACGUUGACGGAGAACCGCAUGCGAGUCGUGAAGGGGCUACUUGGCGAGUCCGAAUUCAGCGAUUCGCAUAGCACCGAGCACGACGCACAGGAGCCGCUCGUGACGAGUCUCGCGCUCGCGCCGCUGCUCGACCCUGCGCUCACCCAGAAUAUCCUCAAAAACAUUAUUGUCAACUCCACCGCGUUUGAAAACACCAAAAGCGAUGUGACGGUGACUACGCCGAAGGGUAAGUGGUACCAGAAGACCCAGCCACCGCCGUUGAGCACGGACAGCGAAUCAUACCUCGGUAACAAAACUGAGACCGCACUUCUUUUGUUGGCGGAAAACACGUUUGGCGCGUUCAAGACGCAGCCACUCGCAGCGCGCCGCGACGCUGCCCGUGCGGAUGUCGUACAGACGAUUCCGUUCGAGUCGCUGCGCAAGUGGGGUGGGAUCGUAUGCCGCACCGCCACGGGCCACCGGUUUUUCGUCAAGGGAGCGUCCGAAAUCGUGCUUGCGCACGCAGGAUUCCGGUGCAGUGCGGGUGGUGAGAUUUCUGCGCUCGAUGCGCCGCUUACGGCCUUUUACGCUCGCAAGGUUGAGCAGUUUGCCACCGCGGCGUUGCGUACGUUGGCGCUUGCGCACCGCGACUUUCCCGGUGUCUGGCCACCGCGCGAGCUCAUCAACCCGGCGUUCUCCACCACCGAUGCCGACCCGGAAUUGCUCUUUGGCGCUGCGCAGUUGGUGGUUGACACCGUCGUUGGGAUCCAGGAUCCGUUGCGCGCGGGUGUUCCGCUUGCCGUCGAGCAGUGUCAAAAAGCCGGAGUCACCGUCCGGAUGGUGACGGGUGACAACCUCAUCACCGCCAAAUCAAUUUCUCUUGGCUGUGGCAUCUUGACCCCUGAAGACGCGCGUCUUCCUGAGUCUUGCAUGGAGGGCCCAGCGUUCCGGAAGCUUUCCGCUGCACGGCGCCUUGAGAUCGUGCCACACCUCCGAGUGUUAGCGCGCUCGUCGCCGGAGGACAAGAAGAUUUUGGUCCAGACACUCAAGAAUAUGGGCGAGGUGGUUGCCGUCACUGGUGACGGGACCAACGAUGCGCCUGCGUUGAAGCUCGCGGAUGUGGGCUUCUCGAUGGGGAUAGCCGGUACGGAGGUGGCGCGCGAGGCGUCCGACAUCAUCCUCAUGACCGACGAUUUCAGUGCGAUUGUCAAAGCAAUCGUGUGGGGCCGUACGGUUGCGACCUCCAUCAAGAAGUUCAUUCAGUUCCAGCUCACCGUCAAUGUCACCGCCGUCGUUUUGACCUUUGUUUCCGCCGUCGCCGACAAGGAGGGUACAUCCGUGCUCACGGCGGUGCAACUUCUCUGGGUGAACUUGAUCAUGGAUACCUUGGCUGCGCUCGCGCUCGCUACUGAUCGCCCGGACGACAAUAUGCUCAAGCGCAAGCCCGCGGGGCGUACCGCCCCGCUCAUCUCCGUCUCCAUGUGGAAGAUGAUCCUUCUGCAGUCCAGCAUGCAAUUGAUCAUAACGUUCGUCUUGCAUUUUGCUGGGGUGCGGAUCUUCUUCGGCGCUGAUGCGAACCCCCAUGAGCAGGCGCAGAUUGCGUCGCUCACGUUCAACGCGUUUGUGUGGUUGCAGUUCUUCAAUAUCUUUGUGGCGCGCAAGUUGGACGAGGGGGAUGACUUGACGACGUUCCGGGAACGUUUCAGCGCAUACAACUUGAAUUUCUUUGACCGUUUGUUCAGUAACUGGUACUUUGUGGCGAUCGCGUUGAUCAUUGGCGGAGGCCAGGUGCUUAUCAUGUAUGUCGGUGGUGCCGCGUUUUCGGUUUCGCGCCAGACCGGUGCGAUGUGGGGGACCGCCUUGAUCUGUGGCUUAUUGUCGCUUCCGUUUGGGGUGUUGAUUCGCUUGAUCCCCAACCUGUGGGCACUCGCAGUCUUCCCACGCCGCUUGUACAAUGCCGUGAUGUACGCUGGCUCGUUCAAGUGGAUGAGAAGCGCGUCGAAGGAUCCGGAGGCAAAUUUCGAGGAGGAGUACGCCUCACCGUUGCUUGCAAUCCCGGCAUUCAGAAGAGCCAGACACGACAUCCUUAAGAUCAAGAGACAGCACCAGAGCGGCAGACGCAACUUUUACAAGGACUGGAAAGGAAGUAGUUCUGAGGCGUCAUCGGAGGUGGGUAGCGAUGAUGAUCAUACUGAGAAGGUGGAGAUUGUUGGGAUUUCCGCGUUGGCAAUGGUUCCGACGGUAGUGGGCGGGGCUGUUGCCGGGUGGAGUGGAGUAGGCAGGCCGGAAGCUCGAACGGAUCUCUAGGUGAGGGG